CAUCGCUCGACAUUAUCACAGUACUACAGAGUAACCCGAGGUCCGACUGAUAUCUCCAACGCCAGUGCUCAUCCCGAACAUUAUUGCAAAUAUUGAUUCUACCGAUGUCAACAGGCGAGAACAAGCACUCAUCGCUGCCUCUAGGUUCCAUCGAGUCGGGCAAGUCCGGCCUUACCAGUGAGGGUCCACCCAAGCUGGCUGUUGGCGAGGAGGAGUCCAACAUGUACCCAAUGCCAACAAACAUAUUCAAGCGCUUCCUCUACGUGUUCAACGCUGAGGUUGCAGAGUUUUUUGCCCUUGCUAUAUUCAUCUUCUUGGGAUUGGCUAUUGACACCCAGAUCAUUCUCAGACAGCCUGACAGCACCAGCACGCACGAUCUUAGCAUGGGCUUGGGGUGGGGCUGCGCUGUAAUCGGUGCCGUUGUAAUGUCAUGUGCAUCGUCGGGUUCGCAUAUCAACCCCGCGAUGACGGUCAGCCUAGCUGUGUUUGGCCAUUUUCCAUGGAAACGAGUGCCAACCAUGAUCGUUGCCCAGUUCCUGGGCUGUUUCUUUGGGGCAUUUCUGAACUGGCUGUACUACUUUCCGGCAUGGGACCUCUUUGACGGCGGCCAUCGCCGCAGCCUUGGUCCGCAGGGGACUGCGCUUGCAUUUAUCGUUCAGCCAAGCGUGGAAGGAGUGUACACCAAUGCGAACCUGUUCUUCAACGAGGCUCUGAUGACGUUUAUUCUUUUGUUCUUUAUUUAUUUUGUCAUCGACAAGCGGAUGACGCUCAGUGCGACUACGGCAGCCCUGCUUAUCGGUUUAUUCGUCACCGCAAUUGUCAUGGCUGGUGACCAGUAUGUGGCAGACACUGCAUUGAACCCGGCGCGCGACUUUGGGCCCCGCCUCUUCAUUUUCAUUGUAGGCUACCGCGAUAUUUUCAAAGUGCACAACCACUUCUUCUUCGUUCCCCUCAUUGCUCCCUUUGUGGGUGGCAUAGCAGCCCGCGGUGUCUAUGACUACCUGAUUGUCUCUGAGGAAGACAAGCCGAAGAGCAUCCGCAAGGUGUACUGGAACAAAUAAUUCUUUUUCUCCUUAUACCCGCGAAAUUGUUCGCAUAAUAAAGUGAUC